CGUUCUCUGUAUUACAAUUAUCCAGCCCUCUUCAGCGUCACAAUGUUUAGUUUCAGCGUUAUUAUCUCAGUGCUGUGUAUUACCUCGUGCCAGGCUUUCUUUAUACCUUUCCUGGAGAAGUCGACAACCAGGUCGUUGCAGGAGUGGUUGAAGCAGCACCAUCCCUUUGUUCUCGAAGACAUCACCGACUUCAGCUUUAUGACUGACUUCAGCAGUGUUAAGUUCAACGCUGACAACCUCUUCGUCACAGGUUUUGACAAGGCUUCUGUCACCAAGUUUGUGCCUCCUCUUCCAUUCUUCUCCGAUGCAAUGAAGGUGGAAGGCAGUGUACAUAAAGUCUUCUUCCACUCUAAUGAAUACUACAUAAUCGGCUCCUACAGAGGAAGUAACACACUGGCUACAGGAGCGGCAGAUGUGAUCAUCAACAACUUGAAGAUCAAGCUGGUCUUCCAGGUUGAGAAGUUCAACUUGUUGUCAUUGUCUCUAUGUAUCAGACCCAACACACUCUCAAUCAUCCUCCAGGUUGACAGCAUUCUGUGUCAGCUGGAGGGCGCCGAGCACAUCAACACAGAUGUAGCAGCCAAUGGUCCAUACUUUAUGAAGUUACUGGAGAAGGAACUGAACGAUAAUUCUAUCAUGAUAGAGGAGAUCAUUAACCAGAUCACCUGCUCACCAUAGUUAAUAUUUGUAUUUGUAAACAUAGA